UAUGAUUUGUACCACCGGUUAUGUAGGACGAACUACUGGUUAGCAAGUCUGUCCGUGAUUGGAAAUAAUGAGGGGAUCUUUUGCUUCCGAAGCCAAUCUUCUCCUCGCAGAGGUACUAGACUACCAGGUACCGGUACUACACAAUCCCCACAACUCUGGUGGGCGGUCCAGGGUAGGGAAGCUAUUGACUGCAGUAUUGAAGCAUACCAUAGAGUUGCUGGGCCUGUGCUUUUUGCUGGUUAAUCAAAAAUGUGCCUUUUUCACAAAAUUGAUCUCUAACAAGUUCAACAGACGACAUCAGUUAGACUAGUUGUUCUCGCAGCCAAGUUGAGAAAAAGAAACAAAAAGUACUUUGAAAUUACCACAUGUAAAGAUGGUUGACAGCUCCAGGAAGAACGACUCUCCAAAAGGUGCGUCAAUGGCGUCCAAGCUUUCACCACUCCAGACUGCGCUAGGGCGCGGAGGAAUUGCAAACAACCACGGUAAGUAGCUCCUUCUCUGUUCGUGGGUGAUGUUGAGUGGCAUCAGCGUUUGUGGAUUCCUAACACCGAAAUGUUGUUGGGGACACCGCUAUUGUGGAUAGAGGGCAACAAGGUGUACCGUGAGAUUGUGAUGCUUUACAAACCGGCUUAUCUCGAGGCGAAGCUUCACAAGGACAAAGCUGCAAUCGUCAAGCAGGUGCAAAGUCAUCUCCAGGAACAGGGGUUUGAAUUUGUUCAAAAUGCGAAAGGAACCUGGGUCGAGGCGCCUCCCAAAACGGUUCGCAGAAAGGUGGUCCAGGCUUUACGGGAAGGAUGUCCAGAACUGCGAAUCCACCUCAAGGCGGGUAAUCUUCUGAAGAACGAUGCUCCUGUCCUUGAUCAUCCAAAGAAGGAGAAUGAAACUGAAGCCAUUGAUGCCUUGACGGACGCGACGAUUGGGGAGGGUUGGGUUUCCCUUGAUACGGAUGCCCUCGUUCCUGAGGGCACAUCGGACGACGGUGUCCUGGUGGAAGCCCUCGGCAACUUUGACACGCAUUGGUUGGAUCAUAUUCCCAUUUGGGACGAUGCCGAACUAGAAGCGUCCUUCGUGGACCUAAUGUCUGAGCUUUGGGAUCAUGAUGCCGAAACCAGCACCAACUAG